AAAAUGACGAGGCGGCCCAGCCGACCGGGUGUUGAGAAACUACACACACUGUCGAGUUUCGAUUGACCGGAAAACGGCUGGCGACUUGGCAAGAGACAACAUGGUGGUCAGCUACCUGCCCCCCAGAACGGGAACAACACGCCUAGCGUAAAGCCCGUCAGCCGUGUGCCAGUGCCAGUGCCAGUGCCAGUACUACCGGUCUGCCAGCAGGCCAGUGCCGAGGUGUUGGUGCUGGUCGCCUCCAUCCAAGACACCAAAGCCGAGCCCAAAAGGACAAGGCGAGAAUGUAACCAUCCACACAUACACCGCAAAAUCCCCCAAAACCUAAAACUAUCGCAGUUCGCUCGGUUGUUCUCCGGCCUCAAGAUGGAUAUACCGAUGGAUACGGUUAUGGAUUGCGUGCGGAUGGAGAAAACGAGGGUGAGAAAAUCGUGGAAGCGCGGGAAAGGGCUGGUCCAUGAUUCACGGGUCAGGUCACGGCGUGCUGGGAACCGAUCGACCAGUGUGCCGGUCUCGUCAAUGAGGCAUCGUCCACUUGUCGUCGCUGUUGCCGUUGUCAUCGCAGGGUGCACACCACCUGAUCACCACGGGCGCCGUCGUCUCAAAGAGAGAGCCAAGCUGCCCUGGCUGCAUGGAACAAAAAGCGGUCUGGAGGCGGUUUUUCUAGAAGGUUUGGAAUAUGCACGCCCUUAUGCAACCGUAUUUUGGUGGGAUGGAGCAUCGGAUGCCCCCACAGGCAACACCAACGGAUGGCAGUCGCCAAGUGGCGCGCAAGUAGAAGGAAGCCAUGUUCUGACCAAUAAGGAGCGUCAAGAUAUGGAGAGCCUCAAGGGCUGCAAGAACAACGGGCACGAAGGUGGGAACGAGAUAUGUACCGCACAUGCACAUGCUAGCAAGGGAAGGUGCGUGCAUUCUGCAACUUCUUCCGAAUCUGUGGGGAUUUGACAUCAAUUAACUGGAAAUCACUUCUUUCUGAUCUCACGACUUGCUUCGAGUGCUUCUCCGGGCACAAUUUGUACAUGACAGCCGAGGUAGCAUGGCAAAAGGCAGAUUACGUAUCGUGGGUACCGGCCAUGAAACAUGUACAAUCUUCCAGGAACCGUUAUA